AUGGUGUCCUUGAAGCUCCAGAAGCGGCUAGCGGCGAGUGUGCUCAAGUGCGGGAAAGGCAAAGUAUGGCUCGAUCCAAAUGAGGUCUCCGAGAUCUCCAUGGCUAACUCCCGACAAAAUAUUCGCAAGUUGGUCAAGGAUGGCUUCAUCAUCAAGAAGCCGCAAAAGAUCCACUCCAGGUCCCGCGCAAGGAGGGCCCAUGAAGCAAAACAGAAGGGCAGGCACUCUGGUUAUGGUAAGAGGAGGGGUACCAGGGAGGCUAGGCUCCCCACCAAGGUCCUUUGGAUGCGCAGGAUGCGUGUUCUCAGGCGCCUGCUGCGGAAGUACAGGGAAGCCAAGAAGAUUGACAAGCACAUGUACCACGCAAUGUACAUGAAAGUGAAAGGCAACAUGUUUAAGAACAAGAGAGUGCUCAUGGAGAGCAUCCACAAGACGAAGGCAGAGAAGACCAGAGAGAAGACUCUCUCUGAUCAGUUCGAGGCUAAGCGGGCCAAGAGCAAGGCAUCUCGUGAAAGGAAAAUUGCUAGGAGGGAGGAAAGAUUGGCCCAGGGCCCAAGAGAACCCGCCGCAGCACCAGCAGCAGCUCCUGCCCCAGCUGCAGCAUUACACAGCUUUCAAGUGUUUUCUGUGGUGAUUUAUAAGCACUGUGAUGUGAAUCUGAAUACGUGCGCUGUCACAGUUGUUGCCUCCGUAGAUGCAAGCGAUGGUUUUGCCGACGGCGCUGCUUAUACACAACCUUAUUUUGACUACGAUCCUGGGAGAUUGCCUUCGACUUGUGAGCGGCAGCAUUAG